AUGCGAUACAAAAGUUUGCAAAAUAGUCAGACACAUUGUUCUGUCAUCCCAUCACUGCAGCUGAUUGCAUCUUUGAUGUUGGUUAUACAUCUAGCCAGUCAAACAACAGGAUACAUGUUGUACAACAAUGGGGUUUUAUUGAAGGGAUUGAAAUUUUCUGAGCCAUGUCCUGAACAGAAUUACAAGUUUCAUAAUCCUACUGGAAAUUUUAUGUGUGUUGUACCAACGCCUAAAGAAUGCUUUAAAUUAUGCCAAGAAAUUGGAUGUACCGAAUGGAAUCAUAUGAAUCUUGUUCCAUCUGGUAGUGAAGAAGUUAAACGCUAUCAUAGAUGUCGAUGUUUUCCAGAGUAUAAUAUGUGUUUCUAUAAUUAUGUCCCAAGAACAUAUCGUGACUUUGAUUGAUGAAUGAAUGAAUGAAUGGCGGAAUGGAUGAACACUUUUCAUAUCUUUAAUUUAUUUCUUAAUACUUCAGAUGUUUAUUCAAUGAGAUAUAAAAAAUAAAAUAUGUGUAUAUAUUAUACUUAUAUAUUUAUGUAUGUGUGUAAAUGCGUGUAAAUUUACUCUUUGUGCUAAUUGAAUAUUGAGUACUAUGUAGAUAAUUUGUUGUACAAAAAUAUGUUUUUGUUUUUGAAGUGUUCCACGUUUUGUGUUGUUUUUCAGGGAAUUCUAAGGAUUAUUUUUAUUCUAUAUCCCUUUUAUACAAGUUAUAUACCACGGAUAAAUGUAAAAUAUAGUUUUUGAGAGAUGA